AUGGCCUCAGCCCAGUGGGAUAUAAAAACACUGCCGAGCGACGCCUGGCGCCCGCAUCUGCUCUGCUGCUGGACGCUCCUUUCACCGCGACUCGCCCGGCCACCAGGCCUGCCUCUGCUCAGCUCAGCUCAGCUCCGCUCCGCUCCCUGCCCCGCCCUGCUCUGCUCCGCCCUCGACAUGCCAGACCAGGAACACCACACGAGGGACGCGUUGUCGCACUAUGCGCGGGAGAUGUUCAAGUAUACGUUUGAAAAGUGGGACCAGCUGAAGAAACGGCUGGAGGCGCGGGCCGCGGGCCCCACCGAUGAGGACGAUGGGAAGAGAUCGUAG